GUGGUAAAUUUUGGCUGCUGGCUUAUGCAGCUGAAUGCUGAUGUUGGUGGCGUUCAGUUCAGCGUAUUAAAGGGAUCACGGUCUACCCACUUCAGUUCAACCCUUCUGUCCCAACUUUCCAACAACAACAACAACAACAAAGUACUCCAACUUCGAGCUAGAAAACAGAAGCUUCCAACCUAGAUGCCGGGAAUAUUUUCUUCUCUUCUCGUCUUUGUAACUCACUGUACCAGGAGCAACCUAAGGACUAAGGAGGAGUUGAACGCUGUUUAUUUGUUGAAUUAAGAGGUGGGUUUUGACAUUUGAGGACACCGACUUUGCUCUGGUUCUGAACUUUUGAACUCUGAUCGUGAAUUAGGAGACUAGGAAGUUGCUCUGUGGCUGUUAAUUUGUGUGCCACCCUUCUCUUCCCCCUUUCUCGAGUUGAUAUGGUAAUUGGGCAGUGACGGUUGUUCAGUAAUUUUAGCAAAAUGGGUCAAGAAUUGUGGUCAAUAUUUCAGCUGGAAAGAAAGAGAUUGUUUUGGCUAAUCGGCAUUACAGUUGCAAUCAUAUUAGCAUUCCAAUAUUUGGAACUUCCUUAUGGUGGCGUUCAACCCAUUGUAUUCUCUGCCGAAAACACACCAACAUCGGAUAGCAUUAGAUUCCAAGCUGCAGAUCUACCAUCUGAGUCUGAAACGUUCAACAACAUGACAUUUUUUAACAAAGCAAAUUCUACUGAUGAAAAUGCCUUUGAGAUUGCUAAUGAAACUAGGACUUCUGAGGAAAAGGGUACUGUUUCAAACACUGGUUUAAUCACAGAACCGGGAAGGGAAUCAAGCAGAUCUUUAGGAUUUGAUGAAACUAAUGAAAGUUCCACUGUGGAAAGUAUUGAGAUAUCAAAUAAUGGUUCUGCAACUGAGCAGACAGGAAAGUUUGGACUGAGCAUUUACAACAAUACUAUUUCUAGUUCCCCUUCUCAUGCAAUAAUACCAACUAAUUUAGCUCCACCUCUAAGUCCAACAGAAGUUAGCCCAAAUAUUACAUCUCCAAUGUCAUCAAAUGAUUAUGAUGAAACUGAUUUCGCCGAGGAAGAGCGGUUCAAGCCAUCAAAAGAUGAAUUCAAUAUAGUAGGCAAUAAUUCUUCUAUCAACAGUGUGCCUAAGGAGACUAAAGGUUCUCAAAUACCACUUCCAGAAGUAACAACAAUUUCUGAAAUGAAUGAGUUAUUACUUCAAAACCGUGCCUCAUAUCGUUCUAUGAGGCCUAGGUGGUCUUCGGCUGUUGAUCAAGAGCUACUGCAGGCCAGAUUAGAGAUUGAAAAUGCACCAAUCGUAAAUAAUGUUGAAAAUCUUUAUGCUCCCCUUUUUCGAAACAUUUCGAGGUUCAAGAGGAGCUAUGAAUUAAUGGAAAAAACUCUUAAAGUGUAUGUGUAUAGAGAAGGAGACAAGCCCAUAAUGCAUUCACCAUAUCUUUUGGGAAUUUAUGCUUCAGAGGGAUGGUUCAUGAGGCUGAUGGAAGCUAGUAAGCAAUUUGUGACUAAGGACCCAAAGAAGGCCCACCUAUUUUACCUACCUUUCAGUUCUCGGAUGCUAGAGGAAACUUUGUACGUACCCAAUUCCCAUAGUUCUAGGAACCUGAUUCAGUAUCUGAAAAAUUAUGUAGACAUGAUUGCCGGGAAACAUCGUUUCUGGAACAGAACAGGAGGUGCUGAUCAUUUUCUUGUUGCUUGCCAUGACUGGGCCCCUACAGAAACAAGGCAACACAUGGCUAGGUGCUUAAGAGCCCUAUGCAAUGCUGAUGUGAAAGAAGGCUUUGUCUUGGGGAAGGACAUUUCUCUUCCUGAAACUUAUGUCCGCAAUGCUCAGAAACCCACAAGAAACAUUGGCGGAAACCGGGUUUCAAAGAGGAAAACUCUGGCAUUUUUUGCAGGGGGAAUGCAUGGCUAUGUUAGGCCAAUCCUAUUGCAGCACUGGGAAAAUAAAGACCCUGCCAUGAAAAUCUUCGGGAUACUGCCAAAGUCUAAGGGCAACAGGAACUACAUCCAGUACAUGAAGAGCAGCAAGUACUGUAUUUGCGCAAAGGGCUAUGAAGUCAAUAGUCCAAGAGUUGUGGAGGCCAUCUUAUAUGAAUGUGUCCCAGUUAUUUUAUCAGAUAACUUUGUGCCUCCAUUUUUUGAGAUGUUGAAUUGGGAAUCCUUUGCUGUUUUUGUCUUGGAGAAGGAUAUUCCAAAUCUGAAGAAUAUACUCCUUUCCAUACCUCAAAAGAGGUAUCUUCAAAUGCAGAUGAUGGUGAGAAAGGUGCAGCAGCAUUUCCUUUGGCAUAGGAGCCCUGUCAAGUAUGAUAUAUUCCACAUGGUACUUCAUUCCAUUUGGUACAACAGAGUCUUCACCGCAAGAGCUAGAUAGACUGAAAGAAGCUUUUCUUUAGGGGAACAACAUUCGUUGGGGACAGACACAGAAUAAGACUGAAGUUGGUAAUCAAUAAGGUCAUUUUCAUGUGUUUUUUUUUUGUUUUGGAGUUUUUGGUGCAAUUAAAUUUGUAUAUAUUUAUUCUUACGUUGUCUUGAAUCAUUCUUAGUCUUCCUACAAACCUUGUUGGAUGUUUGGGUAGUUUAUAUAAGGUUAAAUUCAAACCUUAUUUUCA